CUAAGAAAUGGCUGACUUCAUAGAACAUUUCCGACAAUAUAAACUGGAGAUACAGCAAAGACAACCAAGCUUUGAAAUGAUACAGAAUAUAUGCUCCAGAGAAGAGAGCUCAAAAGAUAUAGAUAAACCCCAAGAGGCUGAGAAUAUCCCUUUAGAAUUUAAUUCCAUGAACCCUUCUCCUCAGAUCGACCAAGAUAGCAUCGAAUAUGGAGUGAAAGAGUGUAUAAUUCCUAUACUUCUUGUUCUUGCCAUGGCCACAUAUACAGAGAACUAUGAGUUCCUUUUUGGAAGUAUAGUAGCGUUUGCCUUUAUAUAUUCAAAGUUUUAUGAGUCAAUCCCAAACCUUUUCAGAAACUUUACCUUAGUCUUCAUUUGAGGAGUAGUUUUAUACCUCUCAAAUGGAGAAUAUUAUCAAUUAGCAGCAAUGAUGGUACUGGUCUAUGCUCCUUUUCAUACACUUUUGAAAGAAUACUCCGGAAGUUUCAAUCUAGUAGACAUAUUCAGUCUUUUGGUUUUCAACUGAAUUUUCUUGAUCUUUUGGGCUGAAAAUUUUUGGAAAUUCUGGCAAAUUGGAAUCCAAAACAAAGACUUGGAUGAAUAUGAACCUUUUGAUGGGGAUCAGCUGAACUCUCUAGGAGAUAUUCCUGAAGUUCUACUUUAUUUCAGCCCAUAUGUCAUCCUCAACUUUUCUGGAGUUCUCUUCGGAAUAUCUUUGUGAAUAUCAUCUAGAAAGACAGAAAAAUAUUUUUAAAGCAUAUUGUCUCUGCUUUGUGAUUGUCUCAACUAUGAUUCUUUUCUGAGUAAUGGUGGCUGUCAGUCUCCUUUCCUCUUCAGAGUUUAACAUAUUGACCUUCUUGAUGUCAGAACUAUCCAGGAUUUUAACAAGUGGAGUCUUUUGGUACAUGUUCUUUUGUCUUCCAUUAUGACUGAUAGGUAUUGCCAAGUACACAGGAGAUGAUGUAUUCAUGACUAGGAAACUUUUCCAUUUCACUGCUCUGGCUUUGUUCUUACCAGCUGUGAUAGCUAACCAGAAAAUCAUGGUUUUUGGUUCAAAUCUUGCUAUAGUGCUUUUUAUAAUCAUUGAGUUCAGUAAGAAAUAUAGUAGUGGUACUUGUCUCGCUAAGAUACAUGAGUAUGAAGAGACAUAUUUAGAUGAUAGAGAAAAGAAUAGGGAUGGCCUUGUUUUGUCCCAUCUCUUCCUCCUCCUCGGAUGCAGUAUUGGAACAAUCUCAAGUUAUAUCUUGUUAGACGGAGAUGAUUUUGACUUUAAUGCAGUACUUUAUUCAUUAUCAGGGCUCAUCUUUGUUGGAAUUGGAGAUUCAAUGGCAGCUCUUGGUGGUAGAUCCUUUGGAAUGACCAAAUGGCCAGGAAGACAUAAAAGUAGAGAAGGAUCAAUUUUCUGCAUAUGUGCUUAUAUGUUUACUUAUGUACUGGCUCUGAUAUUUGUACAAGCACUUUCUUCAACAAAGAAUCAGCAUUUUCCAGGAUAUUUAUACAUCGGUAUUGAAAUCUUUAUAUCAGGAGUUAUAGCAACUAUUGUCGAAGCACUUACAUAUCAAUUUGACAAUUUCCUAUGCCCUCAAAUCUGCUUCUCCUUUAUUGUCUUGAUUGAUCAUUGUUUCCAGGAAUUUAUUCUAGACUUGUAAAAAGAUUCAAUUUUCCCA